AUGGUCGACUCGUUGUUCCCACGCCGGUACUUCAGCACCCUCCUUUCCCUCCUCCUCCGCCGCCGCCUCAACCGCCUCAGGUUCAACCGGAAGUCCAACCGCAAGCUCAACCCUUUCCACAAGCAAAUCUUGAUGGUUUGUGGGUGCCGUUUCCUGCAGGGGGCACGCGCAACUUCAAUCUGGGUUCAGCCUAUGGUUGUGCCAUUUCCUCCUCCGCCAAUACAGUCCUCGAUCGACGCCAGCCGAGUUCCCCAGCCGCAAGUGCAAGGUCUCCAACCCGUGGGAGAAAUACAAUUCAUAGAUCAGCGCAACGUAUACGACAUGGACCGGGAAGCUCGUAUUCGACAGGGCCGGGGACGGUUCAGCAUCAUCAUGUUCUACCCAGACGGCAGAAACACCGAGCCGGAAACCCGAGAGUGGCGCCCUGAACCCCGCGCCAACAGACGCCGACCACCUCCCCUCGCGCAUCCGGGCGAGAGGGCGGGAGCACCGCGGGCCUGGCCCGUAUUCGCGAUCCACGCCGAGGACCCCCUGUGCAGCCAUCACCUGCCGACGUCGUGGGAGGUGGAGGACAUGAACAACCGCGUCCAGCCGCCGGCGUGCACGUUCUGCCGGUCGAGGGCGUACGCCGUGUACUUUCGGUGCCGGACGUGCGGGAUCGUGGCGUGUAGUAUGCAUAAUAGCGUCCGGUUCGGGUUGACGUGGGCGCAGGCGGUGAGGGUGAGGAACGGGUUGAGGAAUCGGGUCUGGAUUGAGCCGGCGGGCACGAGGAGAGGUGAGAAUAGGAGAGACGAGAAUCGGAGAGGUUGGUUUCGACAGGCGUUUGGGAGAAGAUGA